AUGGACACAUUUCACAGUAUCUUGGAUGAGCACACACUGCCGAAGUCAGGUAUCCAACCACUGUGAUAGACUAUCCACACACAUGUAAUGUUUUUUUUAGUCAGCCUCAAAUGGGAUAUUACACAACUUUUUCUAACACCUUAGACGUUUGUUGAUUCCCCUCCAGAAUGAAUGACAUGAACCUCAGCCCUGUUGGGAUGGACCAGUUAAGUGUGCCCUCUGUGAGUGCCAGUCAUCUGGGUCUACCCACCUCCCCAAACCCACAACCCCAUCACUACACCAGGUAAAACACAUUAACUUAUCUGGUAAAACUAUAUUUUUCUUAUAUUGUUUACAUAUUUACUGUAAAUAUAGUUGAUUGAUACAUUCAUUUUGUCCUCCUUUUCUUCAGGCAUGUCUGUUGGCAAUACCCAGCCUGGGGCCCUCUCUUGGGUCUCUGCCCUCUGCUCUGUCGCUCAUGCUGCCAAUGGGUCCUCUUGGUGACAGAGGGGUCAUGUGUGGCCUUCCAGAGAGGAACUACUCAUUACCUCCUCCCCCCUACCCACACCUGGAGAGUAGCUACUUCAGACACAUACUGCCAGGUAGGGCUGAGCACUUCUCUUAACCACUGAAUGUAAUCUCCAUUGUAUCUCUCAUGGAUAUCUUUAGGAUUCAUAAUAUUACACCAUGAGAUGUUAACUGAUCUAUAUGUACGUGGAAUGGAAAGGAUUUGUCUUUCUCUCUAUCAAGGUAUCCUGUCUUACCUGGCAGACCGGCCUCCCCCUCAGUACAUUCACCCCAGCAGUCUUAACAUGGACGGGACUCUCUCUGUGUCCAGCCAGAACCCCUCAGGGCUGGACCCUUACAGUGGCCCUGGAGGGCCUCUGGAACAAGGCCUGGUGUCCCUGGACUCCCGUCAGGUCGGUGGCCAGGACGACCUCCACCAGGGUGGGGGCCACGAGGUGCAGCUGGACUCCACAGGGCUGAACAUGGAGUCCCGAGUCAGCAGCCCCAUUUCCCCAGACAGGAUGGGAGAGGAGCUGGCCAACAUGGAGGGGUGUGGUGGGGCCUGAGAACCAGCACCAACUGGGAGGGAGAGGCCAGAACCACGAAGGCCUGGGAAGAGUUGAGUCCUCUGGGGGCGUGAUGCCCCUGCACGGGCCUGGCCUUGGAGCUUCCCGUGGGGAUGGAGCCAGAGCACCUAGGGGGCCGGGUGGGGAACUCAGGGGGGAGGGGGUCUGGGGAGCGUCUUUACACGGCUCAGGGGAGCUGAACUCUGGGGUGGUGAGUGUGGUGCUCACCCAGUCCCAGCUAGAGCCCGUGUCCCUCCAUGGUCAUUCGGGCAUGGGCCUAGAGCCAGCCAACGUGUCUCCCAUCACGGCAGAGGUGUCCCUGGGGCCAGAGAACAGCCUGUUGCUGGUCAAUUCCACCCUGCAGCUGGAGGACUCCACCUCCAACAAGGAGAACAUGGUCACUGCCUUCACCGUCUGUGAGUAAAAGGGAAGGAUGGCGGACAUUUUGGUUUGUAAGGGAAAUUUGAGCUUGGUAAUAUAUAAAGCUAUACUAGCUUACUGUUGUUCUGUUCUCGUGAUCCAUUGGAAGUCUUUGAACUUCUGAUCUGUAUAUCUUUGUCCUAACUUGUUUUAUUGUGUUUGUGAACAGGGUGUACGCUGUGUGAGCACUCGUAUCCCUCUGACUGCCCAGAGCACGGCCCAGUCACCUUUAUCCCUGACACGCCCAUCCAGAGCAGAGCCCGUCUGUCUCUGCCUCGCCCGCUCUGCCUCCGCAUCUCUGUAGCUGACGAUCCUUUAGGUAUGGAAACCCCUGUGGAGAUGCAAGUUCACUUCCAAUGUCCUGUUUCUCUCAAUCUGUGUCCUGUGUCCUUUCAGUCUUAUUGCUUAUACACUGAGUGUAUAAACAUUAAGAAAACCUUCCUAAUAUUGAGUGAUCAGAAUGGCCUCAAUUCGUCAGGGCAUGGACUCUACAAGGUGUCAAGUGUUCCACAGUGAUGCUGGCCCUUGUUGACUGCAAUGCUUUCCACAUGGUUGUGUCAAGUUGGACUGGCUGUCCUUUGGGUGGUGGACCAUUCUUGAUACACACGGGAAACUGUUGAGCGUGAAAAACCCAGCAGCGUUGCAGUUAUUGACACAAACUGGUGCUCCUGGCACCUACUACCAUACCCUGUUCAAAGGCACUUCAAUAUUUACCCUUUGAAUGGCACACAUACACAAUCCAUGUCUCAAUUGUAUCAAGGCUUAAAAAUCCUUCUUUAACCUGUCUCCUCCCCUUCAUCUACACUGAUAUUUUCUCAUUUUCUCUCUCAUGAGGAGGGAGGAUAAUUAAAGUUCACCGAAGUAACAAGUAAAGGUAGACCUAUUAAUUAGUUAAUAUUUUGUUAAUGAAUUAUUAAGUGAUUAAAACUCAAAAGUUCCGUUACCAAAUUGGUAAGAACACCUCCACAUCGCUGAUCCUCAACACAGGGGCCCCACAACGGUGCGUGCUCAGCCCCCUCCUGUACUUCCUGUUCACCCAUGAUUGCGUGGCCACACACGCCUCCAACUCAAUCAUCAAGUUUGCAGACGACACAACAGUAGUAGGCCUGAUUACCAACAAUGACGAGACAGCCUACAGUGAAGGCCCUGGCGGAGUGGUGCCAGGAAAACAGCCUCUCCCUCAACGUCAACAAAACAAAGGAGCUGAUCGUGGACUUCAGGAAACAGCAGAGGGAGCAUGUCCCUAUCCACAUCGACGGGACCACAGUGGAGAAGGUGAAAAGCUUCAAGUUCCUCAGCGUACACAUCACUGACAAUCUGAAAUGGUCGACCCACACAGACAGUGUGAUGAAGAAGGCACAACAGCGCCUCUUCAACCUCAGGAGGCUGAAGAAAUUGGGCUUGGCCCCAAAGAACCUCACAAACUUUUACAGAUGCAUAAUUGAGAGCAUCCUGUCGGGCUGUAUCACCGCCUGGUACGGCAUCUGCACCGCCCGCAACCGCAUGGCCCUCCAGAGGGUGGUGCGGUCUGCCCAACGCAUCACUGAGGAUACACUGCCUGCCCUCCAGGACACCUACAGCACCCGAUGUCACAGGAAGGCCAAAAAGAUCAUCAAGGACAUCAACCACCUGAGCCACGGCCUGUUCACCCCGCUAUCAUCCAGAGGGCGAGGUCAGUACAGGUGCAUCAAAGCUGGGACUGAGAGACUGAAAAACAGUUUCUAUCUCAAGGCCAUCAGAAUGUUAAAUAGCCAUCACUAGCCGGCUACCACCUGGUUACUCAACCCUGCACCUUAGAGGCUGCUGCCCUAUAUACAUAGACAUGGAAUCACUGGCCACUUUAAUAAUGGAACACUAGUCACUUUAAUAAUGUCUACAUACUGUUUUACUCAUGUCAUAUGUAUAUACUGUAUUCUAUCCUACUAUAUAGGGGCGGCAGGUAGCUUAGUGGUUAAGAGCGUUGUGCCAGUAACCGAAAUCCCAGAGCCGACUAGGUGAAACAUCUGUCGAUGUGCCCUUGAGCAAGGCACUUAACCCUAAUUGCUCCUGUAAGUCGCUCUGGAUAAGAGCGUCUGCUAAAUGACUAAAAUGUAAAUGUAUAUUUUAGUCAAUGCCACUCCGACCUUGCUCGUCCUAAUAUUUAUAUAUUUCUUAAUUCCAUUAUUUUACUUUUAGAAUUGUGUGUAUUGUUGUGAAUUGUUAGAUACUACUGCACUGUUGGAGCUAGGAACACAAGCAUUUCACUACACCCGCAAUAACAUCUGCUAAAUAUGUGUAUGUGACCAAUACAAUUUGAUUUGAUUUGAACUAUACUAUACUUUGUUGUACUCUACUGUACUGAACUCUACUGUACUGAACUAUACUCUACUUUACUGUACUCUGAACUCUACUGUGCUGUACUGAACUCAACUGUGUUUGGCAUACAUUUUAAGUGAAAAAUCUUAGUCUCAGCACAAUUCCGUUACUGCCCAAUCAAAAACAACAUAUAGCUUGUUUGCCCCUCAUCAAUAUCUCUAUAAGUGUGUGUGUGUGUCUCUUAGGAGUGUUUGCCCGGGACAUCAUUCCUCCCAGGACCUGCUUUGGGCCCCUGGUGGGACAGCACUGUAGCAACAUAGACCUGCAAGACUGGCCAGACAAGGACACCCCUCAGAUAUGGAAGGUCAGUGGCUUAUACUAUACACAUCUCCUCAUUUAGAUUUCAGAUGACCUUAUAAUAGAAUUUCAUGUGUCAAUCAAAUGUAAAUUAUGCAGAUGAAGGAAGGCACCAUUCUGACUAGUAGAUGGUGGUGUUGUUUCAGAUGUUUCACAACAACGUGCUGGAGUUCUGUAUUGUGACCACAGAUGAGAAUGAAUGCAACUGGAUGAUGUUUGUCCGCAAGGCAAGGUAAUUAUCACUUAGUGAAGCCACCUCAUGGAUUUGCAUCAAUGUUAUUAUCUUGUAUCCAAAAUGGCUUCCACUCAGAUCUGUGGUGUCUCUGUGAGCAGGACCAGAGAGGAGCAGAACCUGGUGGCCUACCCCGACAACGGGAAGCUGUUCAUCUGCACAUCCACUGAGAUCCUCCCAGACCAGGAGCUGCUCUUCUACUACACCAGGGACUACUGCAGGCAGAUGGGGGUCCCUCAGGUCCCAGAGGGCCAGGUGUGCCAGUGCGGCAAAGAGUGCCAGUCCUUCGCCGAGCUGAAGUCCCAUCUGAGCAGCCACAACAACCACGGCCACCCCCAUUCCCACAGCCCCAGCCAGGACCACCACCAGGACCACCACCAGGAGGGCAAGCUACCCAGCGGUACCUCCAGCUCCUCCUCAUCCCCUUGGGCCUGCCACUCCCACAACAGCAGCCACUCUAAUAACACUAAUAACUCUGGCUCCAACACACACUCACACAGACACUCGCUUGAGAGGAAGUACAAGUGCAGUAUGUGCUCGCGGGCCUUCACCACGUCCACUAAGCUCAACGUGCACUUCAUGGGACAUGUGGGGAUGAAGCCGCACAAGUGUGAAUACUGCAGCAAGGCCUUCAGUGAUCCGAGCAACCUGAGGAUGCACCUCAAGAUACACACAGGUAGAGGAUGGGUGGCGUGGCCUACACUCACAUGUGCACACAUAUACACAUUGACAUGGGACCUCUGAACAUAGCAGCUUAGCAUUAUCUGUGUCAGUCUCAGGGGUGCUUUUAGAGUAGUCAAGAUAUUAUUGAAGUUGUUUUAAAAGACAUGAUGGUUCUACUGUAUAUCAGGUGAUUAUAUGGUCUACAUAUGCUUCUUGUACAGGUUUUACUCACUCCAAUCUCUUGUGCGCCCACAGGUCAGAAGAACUACAGGUGUAAUGUGUGUGAGAAAUCAUUCACUCAGAAGUCCCACGUGGCGUCUCAUAUGGUGAUUCACACGGGGGCCAAGAACUUCAAGUGUGACCUGUGUGACAGGAUGUUCAUCAGGAAGCAGGACCUCAAGCAGCACAUGUUCACACAUACACAGUAAGUUAAAACUAAACCCAAGCUAUUGACAUGAGUAGUAUGCAAAACGUAUCUGCUCUAGUUAAUAGCCUGUAACCCAGGGCCCAAAGUUUCUGCUCAGGUCACAUGGCCAGGGAAAACUACUGGACACCAGACGUAAGACAUGUUGGUAAACAUAUUUUAUAAAGUAUCUGGAUUUCCAUCAGUCUAUUUUCCUCUGUUCUUAUCACCAUUUCCCCUCCCCCUUCUAUCCCUCUGGACUCUUUUCUCCACCCCUCUCCCAUCAUCAUUCCUAACGCACAGAGAGCGUCAGAUCCACUGCCCCAAGUGUGACAAACAUUUCUUGAGGACCAACCACCUGAAGAAGCAUAUGAACUCCCACGAGGGCCGCCGGGACUACAUCUGUGAGAAGUGUGAGAAGGGCUUCCUCACCAAAUACCACCUCACCAGACACCUCAAGAUCUGCAAGGGCCCCAAGACUAGCCGAGGGGCCCAGGAGGAGGAGGAGGAAGAUGGGGAGGAUGAGGAAGAAGAGGAUGAUGAUGAUGAUGAUGAAAAAAUGUAUGCACUCACU